CAACUACGAGUGAAAAGAUUGCUACACUAAAUGCCACGGUAACAAGUUUGGCGCCAACUAUUGAAGCAACUACAGGUGAAAAGAUUGCUACACUAAAUGCCACGGUAACAAGUUUGGCACCAACAAUUGAGACAACUAUGAGUGAAGUGGUGACUGUAGCUCCCGAGACUGGAUGCGCAAUUGAUGCAGCCUUUUUGUCAACUGUAACAAAUAAGAGGGUGGUAUUCUCACUAAGACAAGCAGAGAUAUACAGUGCGUUUGACUUAAACCCAUUUGCUGGACUCCCAGAAGAUGUUAUUCCAAUUGAGGAGUACUUAUCAAAUGGCACAGAUAUAAUACAAAUAAAUGCUGCAUUUGAAUCUAACUCAAUCCUACACCUGAUUGUGGAUGAUGGCAAAGAUGUUGGAUGUUCACUAGUAUCAGGUUUCUGUGUACGUGCUGCUUGCUGUAAUGGAACCAGUGUAUCAGGGUCUCAUUUGUGUGGCCAAUCACCAUUAGUGGUGUGUUGCCUGGGUAACAUGGAAACAACUCCUUCGUAUUGUACACAAGGCCAGGCAGUGGUGACCUAUGAAUAUUCCUUUGAUGGGUGGGUAUAUCAGGACUGGAGAAGAUUAGAGGAUGUGUUUGGCAGUUCAGUCAAUGGAUAUCAUAUUCAAAUGGCAUGCCU